AUGGAAAAAACAGGCCCAAAAGUAAAAUUUGUGUGCGAAAUUAGAGGCUGAAGUGACCUAGGAGAGAUUUACGUAAACAAGAAUAUUGGGGUGUGGAAGAAAUGUUAUGAAAGGGAUUAUAGAGGGGAAAGGUGGGAAGAGAUCGAUUUUGAGAGGAUUAGAGGAGAGAUAGAACAGAUAGGAGGGGUUGUUAAUCGGCUAGCCCAGUCCAAACUUGACAGCUCUGAUGAUCUCAGCGAGAAAGCAGCAGAAGAACUUAAAGAAGAAAUUGAAGCAUGCAAGAAGAAAUUCGAAGAAAUACAGGAGAAUUUACUAAAAGCAGCUUCUGAAUCUGACUACACUGAAUGCUUAGCAAUAGAAGAUAAUGUCAAAAAUAAAUUUAGAGGACUCCUAUUGGAGGAGGAAAUGGAGAAAGUAUUUUCAGCAAUUAAAGCCAGGGAAGUUCAGUCCUUCCUUGCCAAUUUAUUUCCACAGAGUAGCACGGAAGAAGAUGAAACAGAGAGUCAAGAAAGACAAAAUAUGCCUUCUACUGAGUCUUGAGAAAUAGAAAAUAAUGGGAUGAGUUGAUCAAAUCAAGGUAGUCGUAUUCAGUACACUGAAAAUGAAAGUUCUAUGACUGAGGAGAAUAAAGAUUCAAGACAUAAUAAUAGAAACCAAAUGAACUCAACAGCAGUUAUCGAAAGAUAUCUUUCCAUUGCGCUGGAAGGACUGAAUAGAGACUGGGGUAUCUUGAUAUAAAACCUUCUUUAACCUUCAAAUACUAUCACAAAAACCCAGAUUUUCAGUUUAUGCUUUUCAAAAAGAUAAUCUGUGGAAUCAGAUUGUGUAUAAAUACAAACAUUAAUAUAUUCCUUAAAAUGAAACUUAAGCACACCAUUAAUGUCCUUGAUUCUAAACAUGGAACAGUUUGAGCCCUCUUCAAGCUACGCCUAAGCCUAAAUACCCCCAAAGACCUUGAAUUUCUUGACGAUAUUAACAGCGCUAGCUCAAAAAUUGAAGAUGAUCAAGCAAGACUUGUCAAUGUGAAUUCCAUACUCUUCAACAACGUCCCAGAUCCCAAAGAUAAUGCUAUAAAACAAGACUUCGAACAAAAUCAUGAAAGCACUGAGAUUUCAGGCUGAGGGUCCAUUAAGAAUUAUCUUAUGAGGUUUUUCCCUGAAGAGGUAAAAGAAUUUAGCUUCAAUAAGGGAGGGGUUCUCAGCUCAAAUUUUUCUUACUAUGAAGAUGGGGUAUUACAAGCCUGCUCGAAGACUCUCAGAAAAGUUGGGAUCUAUAACUAUGAGUUAACAUCAACCCAACUGUUCUGUAUUCUGUUGACUUCUCAAAAGAGUAGAUUGGUUGACCUGGAGGGAUGCAAAUUUGAUCUGAGCACUGAAUUUGACUUUACAUACGCACUGGAAGACUCAAACAUAAGCAAAAUAAGCCUAGCCUCUUGUAGUUUAAUAGGCCAGAACAGUUGGGAAGAGAGCCCAGACUCUUUGAUCAAGCUGCUCAAUAGUUUGCUCAAAUGCUCUAGCAUGAAUAAGAGUUUAAAGCACUUGGUACUGUCUAAAACCGACUGUGAACAGCUGAAAUUCGAAAGAUACCUUGAUUUGAAUGACAUAAAGAUAAAAAUUAUCAAGGCUCCUUAA